GGCUUGAAACUUUUAAAAGCUCAGUGCUCCAACUUAGAAAAAAGCUUUUUUACGAGGUAUCAGCACUUUUCUUUCAUUAGGGGGAAGGCGUGAGGAAAGUACCAAACGGCAGCAGACUUUUAAACUUUAAAUAGACAAGUCUGAGUGUCUGAACUUGCCUUUCCCCAGUCUCUCAUCCACCCAGGAGUUCCACGGCUUGGCGCGCCUGCUUCGCUCCUUUUAAGCGACAGAGAGGUGCCCAGGCAACAUGGGUGACUGGAGCGCCUUAGGGAAACUUCUGGACAAAGUCCAAGCCUACUCCACAGCUGGAGGGAAGGUGUGGCUGUCUGUGCUCUUCAUUUUCCGCAUCCUGUUAUUGGGGACAGCAGUUGAGUCUGCUUGGGGCGACGAGCAAUCUGCCUUUCGAUGCAACACUCAACAGCCUGGCUGUGAGAACGUGUGCUACGACAAGUCUUUCCCCAUCUCCCAUGUGCGCUUCUGGGUCCUGCAGAUCAUAUUCGUGUCUGUACCGACCCUGCUGUACCUGGCACAUGUGUUCUAUGUGAUGCGAAAGGAAGAGAAACUAAACAAGAAAGAGGAAGAGCUCAAAGUGGCCCAAACAGAUGGCAUGAACGUGGAGAUGCACUUGAAGCAGAUUGAAAUCAAGAAGUUCAAGUAUGGCAUUGAGGAGCACGGCAAGGUGAAGAUGCGCGGGGGGCUGCUGCGCACCUAUAUUAUCAGCAUUCUCUUCAAGUCAGUCUUCGAGGUGGCCUUCCUGCUCAUCCAGUGGUACAUCUAUGGCUUCAGCUUGAGUGCCGUCUACACAUGCAAGAGAGACCCCUGCCCGCAUCAGGUGGACUGCUUCCUCUCACGCCCCACCGAAAAAACCAUCUUCAUCAUCUUCAUGCUGGUGGUGUCCCUGGUGUCUCUCGCCUUGAACAUCAUCGAGCUCUUCUAUGUGUUCUUCAAGGGGGUGAAGGAUCGGGUGAAGGGAAGGAACGACCCCUACCACCCCAACGCUGGCAGGCUGAGUCCCUCCAAAGACUGUGGAUCUCCAAAAUACGCUUAUUUUAAUGGCUGCUCCUCACCAACCGCCCCUCUCUCGCCCAUGUCUCCUCCUGGCUACAAGCUGAUUUCUGGUGACAGAAACAAUUCCUCUUGUCGCAAUUACAACAAACAGGCCAGCGAGCAAAACUGGGCCAAUUACAGCGCAGAACAAAAUCGCAUGGGACAGGCAGGGAGCACCAUCUCCAACUCCCACGCCCAGCCUUUCGAUUUCCCCGACGACAACCAGAAUUCUAAAAAAGUGACAGCCGCACUGGAACUACAGCCACUAGCCAUGGUGGACCAGCGACCUUCAAGCCGACCCAGCAGCCGCACUAGCAGCAGACCUCGGCCGGAUGACCUGGAGAUCUAGACACGGGCUGGAGAACGUCAAGAUUCCACUCCAUUUGUGGAGGAGAUCAAAAAGGUGCUGUUGCUGUGUGCGCCUUGAGGUGUUCAUUUUCGUUCUAAUGGAGGUGGUACUUACACAAAGCCUUAGAUUUAAGGCUUGGGGGGAAAAACACAAAAGACAUAGAAUACACUAGGUUGGGGGAGGGGUAUCUAGGGGGAGGUGGAUGGGAAGGGAAGGAGAUAUGUAACCUGCUGGUUGGUAUUUAAUGUAGUGGAUUCAAACAAGUUCCAAUUCUGUAUUAGGAGAGGGUUUUAUCUCCCCCCACCCCCAACACACACACUUAAGAAUGGUUUCUGUGUAUGUGAAUGUGUGGGUGAUAAUUAUGGCUGCGGGUCUUUUUUUUUUUUUUUUUUUUUUUUACAUUUUUUGCUUUACCAAGAAGCUGAAAGAACUUUGUACAGGAAUAGUAAAUACUUCCUGAACAUCCUAUUUUUCAACUAGAAAAGGACACACAGUUGUCCUUAUGUCCCUGCUCAAACAUUCCAUUGUUAAAAUUUGCACUUUGAAGGCCUGACCCUCCAGGUGUCAAAGGACUUGCGCUACUAUUUGUAUAUUUUUAAGAAAUUCUUGGUAUCGAUUAACAGUUCAGACAAGGCCCACAGAAAAAAAGGUUUUCCCUACAUGUGCUGGUUCUGGUGUCCAUUUUCUUUAAUCCACUUCAUAACAUCUUUGCCAUUUCUUUCCCCAUCAUUCCUCAUCUAGGACUCACAUCCAUCAGAUGCUUUCUGUGUACAUUUUUUAUAAUAGUUGGGAUGUCAUUUACCAUUUAAUCGCAUUAGUGUCAGGGAAGCAAACCAUUCUCCAUAUUUAAAUCACUUGCAUGUGUCUGUAUGAGAAAGUGUGUUUCUAUUUGUCAAUGUAUUGGUACAAGUAAAUGCAGUAUAAACUCACAAACACAGAUUUGAAAAUAAUACACACAGUGUUCAAAGUUGAACCUUUCUCAUGGAUUUUGUGGUGUGGGCCAAUAUGGUGUUUACAUUAUAUAAUUCCUGCUGUGCAAAGUAGAGCACAUUUUCUUUUUUUAAAAAAUGAUUUCUUCCAUGUAUCCUAUUGUGGGUACUGGGUUUGUUAAUUAUGAUUAAUUUUUGUUUCUUCUUUUUUUUUUAGAAUGUAGCAGUAAUGCUAUUACUGAAACAAAUGAUUUUUCUUUUCUGAAAUAUAAUCAUUGAUGCUUGAAUGAUAGAAUUUUAGUACUGUAAACAGGCUUUAGUCAUUAAUGUGAGAGAUUUAGGAGAAAUGCGUAGUGUGGACUAUAGAGUUUGCCUAAAUGAGUUUUGCAGUAACUGAUGAUGUUCUUGGGUUUUUUUUUUCUUACUUAAUACACAUUAAUUCAGAAAUCAUAUUUGGAUUUGAAAUGUCUGGAGUGACCAGCCACUUUGAUGUUUGCACUAAGGUUUUAUUGGGAGUGCAAGAGAGGUUGAAAGAGAUUUCAGUAGUACAUGUGUAACUAAUUUAUUUGAACUCUAUGCUAAAGACAUCUACUAGCUGAUCUUCAAAUGCCUUUUUUUAAAACCCAUCACAGAUGAUUGGGAAUGCUGAAUAUCAAACAUUUCAUGUCAGCUACAUAAAUGGUUUUGUACAAUGAAAAAUACUAAUUUGUUUGACAUUCCAUGUUAAACUACUGUCAUGUUCAGCUUCAUUGCAUAUAAUGUAGGCCUAGUCCAUCAAAUCAUGUGCUCUGGAGAGUGUUCUUUAUUCAAUAAAGUUUUAAUUUAGUAUAAA